AUGGUCGUGGAGGCUAUAACCGUGGAGGAGCGGGUGGAAGAACAUGCUGGAGCUGAACUAUGGGAUUACCGGCCCCCCUAUCUCAUUUUCGAUUUCGAUUGGGAACUGCCAUCACUGCUACAGAAUAUUUUACCCAGACGAGAUGCCCAUGCAGUGAAGGAAUAUGUUCUCGGGGCCAUCACUCUAGUGGCAAAGAGUGAUUUCAUUGAGCUGAAGACCUGCCGGCAGUACCUCGAGAAAUAUCACCCAUCCAGAGGGCUCAAAGUAGUGGAGGCUAUUCUCGAGGCUCUGGACUCUCACAAUGGCCCAGUGGAACCGGAACGAAAUCUGAGAAUCAGAGCACAGCACGAUAAACUACAUAUCAGAUGUAUAGGUUCAUUUAUGCACCCUGAGAUUAGGGAUAUCUUGAUAUGGCUGUGUCUCUCAUUCCGCGCGCCGAAACACGACGGAACUCUGGUCGUCUCCACAGGCUCGUUGACCGGCACAAGGUUCAGAAUGAGUGCGGCUCCGACGCCGUCCUCCGCGUGUUGGUCCAAGCUAUUUAAAACCGCAUUUGUUGUUCUGAUGCCCGGAGCAGACCUCCACCCAGAUGGGCUAUUGAAUCUGAGCUUUGGUGCUUUGCUCCAGCUAGCUGCAGUGGAAUACCCUGUUACACUGGAAUCUGGCGUAGUUCUCAUGGGUUACUCCACCGCAUUGGUCCCGGUGGAUAUCGGCCCGACGGGCCAAGUGAUUUGGCAUCUCGAGGUGGCAUCUGGAGAUCAACAGCUCCGCAUAUCCGAGCUACAGGCCACAAAAGGGCAUUGGCUGCAAAGGAAAUCGCUUGAGGAGCUUUAUACAUCGGUGGCGCUGCUGGGAUGGUGCACAUCAGCACAGGUCCGGUUGGGCACAGACAGUCUCGCGGCGAACGUAACGUGGUCCAGUGCCCGCGCAAAGACCACAACAUGGCGCUGGAAGGGGGCCAAUCUGCAGCUUCUCGCCCAGUCGGCGGCUCCACUACAGGCUGGUGCGCAGGUAGGAUUUUCCUGGGAGCGCGUCGUCAAUACUGUCCGGUUUACACCGGGAGGGAACUACACACGAUGUCUCGCCAAUAGUACGCUGGAGCAUGCCGUCCUCUAUGAUGUGGCUACUCAGCGAGCGUGGCUUGUGCCCCUUAUUUCCGUCUACCAUCACAUGUUGUUGACUUAUCAACGCAUGAUGGCCCCAUUGGGGGUGGUUCCGAAUCCGAUCGUUUCGCCCACCGCUGGAUCCUCGAGCUCUUUCCAGGUACUACGGGACUCUGGAGGUGUUGCUAUUGAGGGCUCAGGACAAGACUCGUUGACGGUGCGCGAACUCAUCCUGGGGUUCUCGAUCAACUUCUCCAUGACGUCCGCGCAGGCCCCCAAAGGGUCCCGGAUCUAUGGCUAUGAACUCCUGGACCUAGUGGUGAGCUCUCCCCGGAGUGAGCUCAAAGCCACAACAGUGAAGGGUGAUGGCCUCGGAUGGGCGCCUUUGUUAAAGGAAAUACCUUGUCUCUUCUGCGCGGGACUGGGUGAUGUGAUCGUCGGGACGCGGGCCAGUGAGCCAGAUUCUCCAUGCAACUACCUGCCCACUGGCCGGAACCUACUAGCGUCGCCUGUGGAAGCCAUCCGGAUGCUAUGCCAAAAGCAAGGCUGCACUUUCACGCGUGAGUCGGGGAGAAUCACACGAGAACAUGUAAUGGUGCUGCAAGGGCAGCCGUUCACUCAAUGUGGCCACAGCGCAGGUGACGCGUCCUGUUGGGAUCAUCCAGAAGAUUUUGUACAGAAUAUCCACCGUGGCACAGACGUGAAGAAUGGUGGACACCCUUGUAAAGAGUCCGAUCUCCCAGACCAGGGAGCAGUGAUUUUGGGAGGUGCUGGAGGCCACAGCUUCGUCCCGACCUAUGAGUUUUGGCGAUGA